CUAAAAAGAACGAGUAACUGGUAACAUUGUUUCAAGUCAGCCAGUAACCACUGAGCCUAAACCAGGCACUGAGCUGAGAACUCUGGAGAAUACAAAUCCGUGUCACACCGUUUCUGUUCUUGGCACAAAUGGGACCAUAAAACGCCUCAAUCAUCUGAGGAAGUAGUGGGCUGCUUGUCACUGGAGGUGUGCAGGUAGUGGCAGGAUACUGUGAGGAGGAUACGGACUCUGAUGGGGGAUGUCAGUGAAUUGAGAGACACUUAAAAAUCACUCCUCUUUUUGUGGGUCUAGGUAAGAAAGGAAAACUCCAGCCCUGUGAUGUCAUAGCCAGGCUGCAAAUUAGAGAUGAAGCACUCCCUGUAGUGGGAUGGGUAGAGUUUCGGGGAAAGCUUCAUCAGGGAAGCCUUUCUGGAGAAGGUGGCACAUACAUUGGCCCUUGAACUUCAGCUCAACUGUGAAGAGCAGAAGGCUGUUUUGCAGGAGGGACAGACAUCCAAAGCUGUACUGUCAGAUAGUGCUCCAGUUCUUGCCAUGGUGCUCACAUCAACUUGUGCCUGCUGGCAUCCUUCGCACAGCUCCAUCAAGACUGAUGAGGCUGCCGGCACUGCUCCCUUCCACCUCGACCUCUGGUUCUACUUCACCCUGCAGAACUGGGUUCUGGACUUUGGCCGCCCCAUUGCCAUGCUGGUGUUCCCCCUCGAAUGGUUUCCGCUCAACAAGCCCAGCGCGGGGGACUACUUCCACAUGGCCUACAACAUCAUCACACCCUUUCUCCUGCUCAAGCUCAUCGAGCGAUCGCCCCGCACCUUGCCGCGCUCCAUGAUCUACGUCAGCAUCAUCACCUUCAUCAUGGGCGCCAGCAUCCACCUGGUGGGCGACUCCGUGAACCACCGCCUGCUCUUCAGUGGCUACCAGCACCACCUGUCAGUCCGUGAGAACCCCAUCAUCAAGAAUCUCAAGCCGGAGACGCUGAUCGACUCCUUCGAGCUGCUUUACUACUAUGACGAGUACCUGGGCCACUCUAUGUGGUACAUCCCCUUCUUCCUCAUCCUCUUCAUGUACUUCAGCGGCUGUUUCACUCCCACCAAAGCUGAGAGCUCAAUGCCAGGGGCAGCCCUGCUCCUGGUGGUGCCCAGUGGCCUGUACUACUGGUACCUGGUAACCGAGGGCCAGAUCUUCAUCCUCUUCAUCUUCACCUUCUUUGCCAUGCUGGCCCUCGUCCUGCACCAGAAGCGCAAGUGCCUCUUCCUGGACAGCAAUGGCCUCUUCCUCUUCUACUCCUUCGUCCUCACUCUCCUGCUUGUGGCGCUCUGGGUCGCCUGGCUGUGGAACGACCCUGUACUCAGGAAGAAGUACCCCGGCGUCAUCUACGUCCCUGAGCCCUGGGCUUUCUACACCCUCCACGUCAACAGCCAACACUGAGUCCCUGGCGUCAGCCACUGGUGCUCCAUCGGGCAGAAGAUGGGCCAUAGAGGGUGUCUGAGCAUGGGGCAUGUGUACAUGUGCGUGUGCAUGCACAUGCGUGCAUGCGUGCAUGUCCACCCACAUGUGUAACCGUGACUGAGAACACGAGUGAGAGUACACAUUGUGCACACGGAUAGGUGUGUGUGUGUGUGCACACAACUUGAUUGUUUUGGUCAAGUUUCUGUUUGGUUGGGAGCUUUCCAGGAUGGGAUUGAGCUUUAGGCAGCGUGUCCAGACCAAGAUGUGGCCGCUGCCUUCCUGUGCCCCUGACUGCAGGGUCCCUUCUUCCUGGGAAGACCUCUGGGACCCAUACAGGAGAGGGCUGGUGUGUCACCCACCACCUGAUCUACUUCUCAGACCCACCCUGACCCUGGAAGCCAGAUUACAUAGGUUACGUGAACUUUCUGAGUAUUACUGAGCAAAGCACAUCCCUUCUCUGGGCUUCGUUUGCACUAGAUAGGCCCAGGGUCCCAAAGGGUCGGUGGGCUAGUUGUAGUAUCCUCUUGGGGCAGCCUGGGGAUGGACAAGUAGUUCUAUCCUGUCACUGUCCUUGUACCCUGAAAGGAGUAUGUGCAUCCCGGGCCCUCACCCCACCUCAGAUUGCAUGGGGUGUUGAGCCACCAAACCCCGAGGUCCACAGGCCCGCCCAGCCCUGCCCACCAGCCUGAUCUCGGGGCCUGGCAACGGUCCUCUCCAACCACCUCCCAGAGGCUCUGCCUCCCUCCUUCCCUCCAGGAGAACAGCGGCACCCCUUCGUGUCAGCCUGGCUGCAGGAUGGCAGUUCUCAAACCCUUGCACUGUUCCCUGAACUCCUUUGGGGGAGGGUACUGAGGCUCUCUCCAGUGGGCUUUGUCUCAGUCUGAAUCUCCGCCUUUGGCCAGGGCCUACUCCCAGAAAAGGGAGGCGUGGUUCCCAGCAGUACCCACCCCAGGCCCUGCGGACUUGUCUCCUCACAGGGCUGCAGGCAUUGCAGACUCAUUUCCAGCCAGCCUGGCCCACGGGUGCUUGUGGGUCUCGGGGGGCCUAUCUCCUUUCCUGUGUUCUCAGGGAGCCCCAUGCCUCAGAUGCUCCUUUCAUGUCGGGGUCCCUCUGCAGCCCCCUUGGGGGACCCCGCCCUCUGGCCAUUCCCUGCCUGCAGGGCAUCAGGCCCUGGAGGUGUGAAUAAAGGCUGU